CCGGUACAACUCACGCUCACACACACUGUCCAGGUGACUUAGGGUUGUGACAGAUGGAGCUGCGGGUCGGAGCGCUGCUGGCCGCCGGGAUUGUGCUAGGGUCGCUGGAAGGAAUCUCCUGCUUGGUGCCACUCAGUGACUUUUACCCAUUCGGGGUGGAGAACGGGGACUCGGUCAAUGCUAAGGUGGACGAUGGAGGGUCCGGGCUGCUGGAGAUCUCACACAGCUUUCCCUUCUUCGGAGAGAGGCACUCCGGGCUUUACGUGAAUAAUAAUGGGAUCAUCUCAUUUCUGAAGGAAGUCUCCCAGUUCACUCCAGUAGCAUUUCCAAUCUCUAAUGACCGACGAGUGGUGGCAGCCUUCUGGGCAGAUGUGGAUAAUCGUAGGGCUGGAGAUGUCUUCUACAGAGAAACCAAGGACCCUGCAAUCCUUCAAUCUGCGACUAACGACAUCAGGAAGUACUUUCCAGAGCACAAGGAAUUCACCACCCAGUGGGCGUUCAUAGCCACCUGGUACAAAGUGACAUUCUUUGGAGGAAGCUCGUUUUCACCGGUCAACACCUUCCAGAUCGUCCUGGUUACAGAUGGAGAAGCCUCCUUCACUCUAUUCAACUAUGAAAAUAUCACCUGGACGACGGGAAUGCAUGCCAGCAGUGGAGGGGAUUUUGCUGGACUCGGAGGCAUUGCUGCCCAGGCAGGUUUCAAUGCUGGAGAUGGAAAGCGUUACUUCAAUAUUCCUGGUUCACGCACGGACGACAUUGUGGAUGUCGAAACAACAACCAACGUGGGUCUUCCUGGCCGUUGGGUAUUCCGGAUCCACGAUGCCUACGUUGAGGUUGGUGGCUGCAACGACUCAGCCUCGGUGUGUUUGAAUCUGCGGCCGUGUCUGAACGAUGGAAAGUGCAUCGAUGACUGCAUCACUGGAAAUCCUUCUUACACCUGCUCCUGUCGGGCAGGGUUCACUGGCCGGAGGUGUCAGAUAGACGUCGACGAGUGUGCUUCAUACCCGUGUCGUAAUGGCGGGACGUGCUUGGAUGGUCAGAAUGCCUUUGCUUGCCAGUGCAGUGCUGGAUAUACAGGAGUGCUCUGCGAAACAGAUAUCAAUGACUGUUCAUCAAAUCUCUGUCAGAAUGGAGGUACUUGCAUCGAUGAAAUUAGUGCAUAUAGCUGCCAGUGCACGUUUGGCUUUGCUGGAAAGCACUGUGAGAUUGCUGACUCCUUGUGCAAAAGUAAAGAAUGCCAAAAUGGUGGUGUGUGUGAGGUGAACAAUGGAACGGCAGUGUGCAUCUGUCAGAAGGGCUACACCGGAGAGAGCUGUGAAAAUGAAACUGACGAGUGUGGCUCCAACCCAUGCCUGAACGGAGGAGAGUGUAUUGACUUGGUUGAUAAUUACACUUGUCUGUGCCCCCCGCCAUUCUUGGGAAGAUUCUGCGAGACAGGUGAGCCCGAGCCCCCCGCUUUGAACACCUGUCAGCCAAACCCAUGUCUGAAUGGGGGGAGCUGCAAUGAGACUGAAGAUGGCUACCUGUGCAACUGUCCUGAGGGAUUUACAGGCCAUGACUGUGAGAAUGAGGUUCUCCAGCCUUGCAGUGCCCACCACCAGUGUCCCCAUGGUGGUUCCUGUGCUGAAUACGGAGGAACGUACCGCUGCAUCUGCCCGCAGGGUCCCAGUGGGAGAGAGUUUAUCCCAUCCCCCUGUGAGUCGGACCCCUGUCAAAGAGGAGGGACUUGCAAGGAACUGGACGGCUCUUAUACCUGUCAGUGUCCACCCGGCUUCAGUGGGAGGCACUGUGAAAAAGAAAGACUCCGCUCCUGUGCAUCCAAUCCAUGUCGGAAUGGUGGAACCUGCAGAGAGGCUCCUGGAGGAGCUUACCAAUGUACCUGUUUGUAUCGAUUCACUGGCAAGAACUGUGAGACUGGAAAGCCAGACCCUUGUUCUUCCAGCCCUUGCCAAAACGGUGGCACCUGCUUCCAUUACAUUGGAAAAUACAAGUGUGAGUGCCCCAGAGGAUUCACUGGACGGCACUGCGAUACAGAAGUGGACUGUGGAAUCCCCAGUGAAGUGAAGCAUGCUGAGCUCCUCAUUUCUUCCACCAAAUAUGGCGCAGUCGCUCAGUACGUUUGUGAAGCAGGAUUCACAGUGCAGCCCAGUACAGGGGAGUGUACCUGCCAACUGGAUGGAAGAUGGAGUGAAGCACCGAUCUGUGAGGAAAUCAAUGAAUGCUCUUCACAGCCCUGUUUGAAUGGUGGGACCUGCAAGGAUGAUAUCAACAGUUUUGUGUGCGAGUGUCAGAAAGCAUUCGCUGGAACAUUUUGUGAGUUGGCUGUGAAUCCCUGCCGCCUCAACCCCUGUGGUGCCCGUGGUUUCUGUCGGAGUGUGAAUGGGUCGUAUGUCUGCACUUGUAAAGUCGGAUACUCUGGCAAGCACUGUAACACAGAGCUCGCUCCACCUAGCAAACUGAAGGUGGAGAAAUCAGAAGAAACUGAGAUUGAAAUCUCAUGGCAAGCUCCGGGAGCCGGCGGUACGCAGGACUUGAUUGAUGGCUUUGCAGUGACCUACAUGUCAUACAACGGGGAAAUGCGUAAGACUGACUUUGUAGACAAGAGUAGGUCACACCAUCUGCUGAGACCACUAUCACCGGGAAGACUUUACAACAUCUCCAUUUUCUCAGUGAAGCGUAACAUCAAUCAAAAUGACAUCAGCAAGCCUGCUGUGCUCCACGUGUGGACAAAACCUGGCCCUAUUGGAAACUUGUCUGCAGUAAAUGUCUCUGCCUCCAGUAUAUCCAUCUCCUGGUUUUUGUACAGUCCAAAACAGGCAGCAGAAAGCACAAUUCGAUUAUCCCUUAAGUCUUCUGACGUGGAUAGAGAUUCAACAGUUACACUGAGUUCCAAUCUCACAAAGUACACCUUCAGUGACCUUUCUCCAGGCAAACUCUACACAGUGGAAGCUGUGCCUCAGAUGGGUCUCAAUGGUCAGGAGUACCCCUGGAGGGGUAUAGCAACACAGUCACUGCGUGUGUGGACACGACCACUCGCUCCUCAGAAUCUCGUGCUGCUGAGGGUCACAACGACGACAGCAAAUUUCCACUGGAAGAACCCCCCAGCUGGCUCAACUGAUGGCUUCAUGAUGAAUAUCACAACCAGCCACAGUGUGAAAAGCCGCUACCUUCCUGAUGGGAAGUUAACUGCCUACACCCUCCACAACCUGGACACGGGGCGAAGGCACAAGCUGGCACUAAUGAGGGUGCAGGACACGGAGAGUGGGAAGCUGGUUAGUGAUCCAGCCCAUCUGACCUUCAGCACACUGGGAAUCCAUGGAAGCACAAGCCAAAGAGAAGGGCAAGGAAUUGAUGAGGGGAUAUAUGAUAACCUGUUACAAAUCACGGCACAGCCUGACGAGGAGGCAGAAGUCAGCAACAGGAGCUAUGAAGACAAUUCCCAUGCCAUAAGGUACUCAGAAAUGCAGGAUGGAAGAGGGAGAAUCAGUGCCACAUUUGCAAAUCUGCAGCCCAAGCCAAUCACACACCGAGCAUCUCCAGAGCCUCCAAUCCAACUGGAAAAUUUGGAGGAAUCUACAAAUCGAAUCAGUCUGCCCUUUGAGAUCCAAGAGUCUGAGACCAAUGCUAAGCCUGAGACAAAAAAUGAACUUGAGGAAUGUUCCUCCAACCCUUGUAAAAAUGGAGGUACCUGCGUGAAGGGAAUAAACUCGUAUAUGUGCGACUGUGAAAAGGGAUUCAAGGGGAAAAACUGUGAAUUGUUAUGCAAGAAACUGCCACACCCUUGCACACGCCUAUACUCUGAAACAAAAUCUGUUCCAGUGUGGGAAGACAGUGUUUUCCAAUUUACGUAUAGGAGAAUUUAUAAAGUUCACCAGGAUACCUGCUACAAAGAAGUUUGUGAGCCUCUAAUACACAGAACACCCAGAAACAGAAGGUUAUUCAGACAUUAACUAAUUACUGGAUCUACUAGCUGAUGUGUGGAAGGAGAACACAAGUCCGAAGACAUCGGAAGGAUGGUGCUAGUUAAUCCACCACAAGUUAACGCAUUGUAAAGACGGGGCCACCCAUUGGAGAGUCAGCCACGAUGUCUUAGUGUUGCUUUGUUCAUUUUGAGGGAGUCAAAGUCCAAAAAGCUAGGACAGUUGAAACCUGAUCAACACAUAAUUUACUGAAGAAGAAUGCGUGAGUGGAAGGAAGGGAGGCGAGAGCAGACGCACACAACUCUUACAUGUCCUUCUGUUCAAGCAGAGAGGGGUGAAUGAGUGAGUGAAUUAAUGCUUGUAGUACAAGGGUGCCCAUGAGUAUGAAUGUGCCUGUGUAUAAACAACUGUCUGUCUGCAGUGUAUAAAUUCUUCAAGCUGGGAGACAAGAUUGCCGGGAAUUUGAAUUGCAUUGUCCUGACGAUAGUAUUGUGCAGACUUCAAUCAGAUAAGUGUGGCUCCAACAUAUUGUGUAGAGUACAGAGUCCCCUAGACCGCCUGAAAGCGUGCUUAAACCCUACCUCUCAUGCUAUACCAUUGUGGCUUUUCCAUUUGUGUUACGCUUGUGCUAGUUAGUAAUUAAAAUAUUACAACAGUU